CGCAGCACUACAAAACAAUAGUAAACUAUCAAAACAAUAACCCCAUAUCACAUACACAAUGCAGCUUCAAGCACUCCUAGCAGCCAUCCUGCUCGCCGGACCUAGCGUCCUGGCCGCCCCAGCCGCCGCUGGCGUUCCUGCAGACCUCGGCUCACACAUCCUAAACCGUGAAGCCAACCGCGGCCCCGGCGGCGGUCCAGGUCGUCACAGUCACGGCCACGACCAUGAGCACGGACACAAUGGACACCGCCACAAGGACCACGAGCACGGGAUGCACGACGGCAAGGCUAAGGACAAUAUCAAGGAUACGCCUCCCAAGGAUAACAAGUACCAUAUCUGGGGCCGGGGUGAGAAGCAUGAGGAAGGUGAGGGGUAUGGUGGUGGUUGGGGAUGGGGUGGUAAGGAGGAAGGUGAGAAGAGAGGUGUGAAGGAAUCUGAGGGAGAGAAGAAAGAGGGUGAUGAGGAGUGGCGUCAUCAUCAUUAUGGUGGUGGAUACGGCGGAGGGUAUGGAGGUGGUUGGGGUGGAAAGAGAGAUGAGAAGACGGAGGAUGAGAAGGAUGAGGAGAAGCACCAUCACCAUGGUGGUGGCUGGAACAGCAAGCGUGAGGAGAAGAUUGAGGAAGAGAAGUAUCGUCAUCACCACGGUGGACAUGGCAACUAAGCCUAUAUAUCAUAGCUAAAAUGAUAUUGAAACUAGGGUUGUUAAGUGAGUAAUGAAUUAUACGUGGGAUGGUGUUUAUGGAUAUGAAAAUUGACGGCUUUUUCCUAUCAUUUCUCUAUACUUUUCAUAAUUUAUACUACUGUUGGUUUCACCUUAGCUAUUGAUUUCCUAUAUGUUACUUGUG